GAGUGUGAGCCUCCUUCUGUAUAUAUAUAAUUGUUCUGAAAGUACCUGCACUCUUCCUUUCGCAAUCCGAGGUGAGUGCUAUUGUCAAAUAUAGUAUACAGCCUUCAAAAUGGACCAGCACUCCAGAAAUUUUUCAAUCACAAUGAUUUUAUUCAAACAUCACUUCUGUGUCCAACGUUUCGGCCCACAUUAGGGCCAAGGAUAAAGGCCCUAAUAUAUAUGUAUAUAUAUAUAUAUAUACACACAGCAGGAUGAUGUUUGUGAAGGGGGUAAACCCAGGAACUCCCUUUUGACACAAAACAGUUAAAUAGAGAAUCUGAAAUAUUAGUAGCACAGAUAACAAUAUAUGCAGAACCAAUCCUUAGAAGGGUUUAGGUACGAACAGCUGCAACUUGAUUAGUUUGUGGAUUAGGAACCUCCAUUACUGUGCAGCAGAUGUUAAUGAUUUGCCAGCAGUGACUUGCAUUGGUCUCUGAGCUGUGGGAUUAGGCUGGUACUAUGAAGGUAUUAUAAGAUGUUGUUGUAUGUACACAAUUUCUUGCAGCACUGCGUUUGAAAGCCACACACAUUGUGGAAGCACCAUUUCUGUGUGCAGCAUGCAUCUCACUUCUAGAGUCGCCACUGCACGCUUUUUGCAGAAGACAGCAUCGAUGGAGCUGGCAGAGGUUGUCCAGUGGCGUCGAGCUAUUCUGGCUGUGAGCCUAAACCUCAUAGCUCUUGCACUUUCCACCACUGCCCUUCUCAGUAGCUACUGGUGUGAAGGCACCCAGAAGGUCCCAAAGCCUCUUUGUGGCAAAGGAAAAGUAACCAAGUGCAUUGUGGUCCCUAUUCCUGUGGAAAGCACUAAUGCUUCCGGGCAGAAUGAGGUGCAGUACAGCUGGGAGACAGGAGAUGACAGAUUUGCUUUUCGCUAUUUUCAUACAGGAAUCUGGUACUCCUGUGAGGAGAACAUACUGGGUACAGAUGAAAAGUGUAGAAGUUUCCUAGAAUUAACCCCACCUGCCGAGAGAGGGAUCCUGUGGCUUUCACUGGGCUCGGAAUUAGUGUACAUCAUUCUGCUAGUCAUUAGCUUUGGGCUCUUACUGCUGGAGAUAUUUUACACCGGGAACCCUGUGUGCGGCAUGAAGCUAAAUGCCUUUGCUGCAGUGUCCUCUGUUCUUUCAGGUCUCCUCGGGAUGGUGGCUCACAUGAUGUAUACCCAGGUCUUCCAAGCCACAGUCAGUCUUGGGCCAGAAGAUUGGAGGCCUCAUUCCUGGGAAUAUGGAUGGGCUUUUUACACUGCCUGGGCGUCUUUUACCUGUUGCAUGGCUUCUGCUGUUACCACUCUGAAUACAUACACUAAGACCCUGCUUGAAUUUCGCAGAAAUCAUAAGGCCUUUGAGCAAAACUUGAAAGAACACACCUGCUUUCUGAACCACAAGCAAAUGAGCUUCUAUGUGGAGAAGCCUAUCAACUCGCUGUCAGAGAGUGUUGACUUUUACUCAGAGCUUCAGAAGAAGGUCCUGCUUAGAGACCAUUCAAUAGAUCUGGAGGAUGUAGAGGAAUCUUUGGAGGAUGAGCACUGCUAAAUUCACUUUUGUCCUAUAAAACUAUAUUUUUACACUGGGGACUGGGUUGUAUUGUAGGAACUUCGUAGCUAUGAUGGAGGAAGAGUUACAUAUACAAAUUAGUUAUAACCUAUUUGAGUUUUAAAUUACACAUAUGCUUUACUGUAUAUAGAAUGUUUAAAUGGCUCUGCUUCAGUGGGAAGCUUUUCAUUCUUCAUAUUCUAACAAUGAGGAACGCCACUGCUUUGCUGGGACCCUCCUGACUCAGCAGGAAUUAUUAUAUCACUUUGUUGAAAGAUCAUAUACAUUUCUAGAUGAAGGUUAAUGGGGUUGUUCACCUUUGACUUAACUUUUAGUAUAAUGUAGAGAGUGAUAUUCUGAGACAAUUUGCGAUUGGUUUUCAUUUUCAUUAUUUAUGGUUUUUGAGUUAUUUAGCUUUUUAUUCAGAUGCUCUCCAGUUUGCAAUAACAGCAAUAUGGUUGCUAGGGUGAAAAUUACAUUAAACAUAUUUUCCCUUUGCUAAUAAAUGGCACCACGUUGCAUUCGUAACAAUAUAUGUUUUUAACUUACUUAUUUAAUCACUUAAAGGAGCAGUAAAACCAAGAAAAAAUAUUCAUUUUUCCUAUUUCCAUGCACACCAAAAGGUUUUCUUUGUAUUAGAAGUUUUUUUUUAAUUGCACUGAAUAUUCUAUCUGUUCUGCUGUGUCGCCUAAACGUAUCAGUUGCACUAGUUAUUAAAUACACAAAUAGGUGAACUCCCUUUUCAUACUGACUAAAUAUAACCCAGUGCCCCUUUAUAGCCGUGAUACAACAACACACACACAGACAAUUGGAUGAGCAAGAAUUGUAUUUAAUUUCUUGGAGACAUAUAAUAUUGUAUCAAAAUAUUUACAAUUAGCAUAAAAUACAUGUUAAUUCCAUUCCACAAAAAGCAAUAGCCCCAUGACCUUUAGUUAUAUUUAUAUAUAUACAAUUUCCAUUAGUAAAAGUGUAAUUGUAAAGACAAAAGCUAUUUAUCCCAUAUACGUAAAAAGAACCUUAAGUUGUGACUGCUAUUUGAGAGGAUUACUGAAACAGAAUUUACAAGGCUAGGCUACGGAGAUAUCUAUCUAUCAUGGAAGAAAAGUGUCUAACUGACCAUCUUCUUUUUGUAUAUACUCUUGUAAGAUAUAAUAUGUAUUGCGCAAACUGUAAAUUAUUUUAUUAUAUAUCAUCCUUUAUAUGUGAACUGAAAGUAAGUAAACUUCAUAAAUGUUGUGUUGGCUCUCUGGUAGUUGUGCAACGUAAUAUUUUAAACUGAGGCUGGCCCUAACAUUAGAGAGGGAUAUCAGCGUGGACAUGGGUCAGAAUUGCAGAGAAGCUCAAAAACAGCCUGGCAUAGCAUGGAAAACUAGGCUUUGUUUGUGCUUUAAAAAUACCUAAACAUUUAUGGGCGGUGUAAGGGGAAACAAGGCAUGAGUCUGUCAUGGAGGGUUUACUUGGUUACCUGGGGAAGGAAACAAGGACAUUGGUUGCACAUACAGCAAUAACUAAGUAUUGGUAAGGCAAGUAAGCACAAGACAUGGGUCAGGUAUGUAGAGACAAAAAUAUAUUGGUAGAGUGGGCAAGAGACCAUGGUAAGACACAUAGGGACACCUAGUCACUGGUAUGGCAGAUAGGGGAAGCAAGGGAUGGGGGUGGAAGCUAAAGGGACAAGUAGGCUUUUGUAGUACAGACAGGGAAUACAAUCCAUGGAUUAAGUUUACAGGGGCACAGUGACAAUCAGUCAUGUGCAAGGCAGGCAUGGACAAGCAGAGAUACAAAGGGAUAAUAGACAUGGAUAGGGCAGAUUGGGACAGCCAAGUAAGUAACAAAUUGCUAUGGCCAUAAUGAGAUAAGGGCAUAAUCAUUUUUUACUGUAGGAAGUCUGUUCCCAGUACAAUAUACUCAGCCAUAUGUUUUCUCUUAUCUCAGUUCGUCUCCUUGUAACUGAUGGGAAUUCAUGUAACUCAAUAUUCUCACUGCAUGUCCAUUGUGUUUGUGUUGUUAGUGCACUGCAUGAUCUCUUGGCACACUCAUGGCUGGAGCUAUGAUCUGAACACUCAGUUGACAUAUGAUUUUCCUUGAGGUCACAUAAAGGUAUUGUGGAUGGAAAAAUGUAAUUGUGAGCUUCUUUUUGAAUAAGAUUUAUUUUAGCACAAGUCAGAUAUUGGACAUUGGAUAGAUGUCAAACUCUUGUUAUAUAGCUGUGCUGAUAAUAUUGCUGCCCCUUCCAGAUUUUUGGGCCUCCCAAUACCAUAGUUCAGAAAUGGAAAUACACUUUUUUUCAUAUACUUUUUAUUCUACAGACAUUAAUUUCUGUUAGCCUUUCACAUUAUUUCCUGCUCUUGUUAUCACUCCAAAAUAAUACCAUUCCAAAACGUUGUUUAUAACGUGUUACAAACAGAAGAGUAAUAUAAUUAUUUGGUCCAUUGUGGAAAUUACUGAAAGGCAUUUCACUGAGAGUGGCUUCUUAACCAUAAAAUGUGCUCAGUGGUAGAAUAAAGAGAAAUAGAAUUAAUUUUCACAUUGGGGGUAUCUUAAUUUUUCAGCAACACAAAAAUAAAUGGGAUUUGUUCACAGGUUAUAAAAUCAGUGCCCACAUUUAUCAGCACAAACAUUGCUCCAGGUCAAUGGCCAAACAUCAUAUGCCAUAUAUUGUGCAUUUUACCAAUACUUGUGAA